UAAACCGGGGAGAGGAAAUUAAAAAAAAAAAAAAACAGGCGAUACGCGUCGUCCUCUCCUGCACCGGCUCACCUCCGAUUUCCUUUCGAACAAGCAAACCGAACCCUAAUUUAUUUGUCCGCGGGGUGAAGAGUUUGCUUUUAGUCAUGUCAAAGACGUCCAGCCUGAAAAUAAGCCGAGCGAGUUCCCUGAAGGUGGAAAACUUCCACCAGUCCCUGUAUCACGAGGCAGAGAAUCUGUUCUCCAAUUACAUCCCACUGAAGAUCAUACAGCUCGAUGCCCUGCUCAGGGACGAUGCCCUCAGCAUCACCGACGUGUCCUCGCUCCAGGCUCCGCUGGACAUCCCCAUACCAGAGCCCCCCUCCCCGGAGGACGAGGAAAUGGAGACUGACAAGAAUGAAGAUGAUGAGAAGAAAAAGAAGAAAGCUCCAAAAUGUGGCUUCAUCAAGGGGAACGAGAAGAUUAUGAUGCUUCUGGACAGGGUGAAACCGGAGAUCGUGGCUCUCAGAGAGACAAUCAUUGCUGUGUCCUGCUGGAUUCAGCAUCUCAUCCCAAAAAUAGAGGAUGGAAAUGACUUUGGAGUUGCCAUUCAGGAGAAAAUCUUGGAGAGAAUUGCUGCUGUAAAGACCAAAGUUGACGGUUUUCAGACCAACAUCAACAAGUACUUCUCGGAGAGGGGAGAUGCUGUCGCCAAAGCCUCCAAAGACACCCACGUGAUGGACUACCGCUCGCUCGUCCACGAGAAGGACGAGGCCAUCUACUCCGAGAUCAGAGUGAUUGUUCUCGACAUCCGCGGCUUCCACGCCGAGCUCUACGACAUCAUCAACAAGAAUCUGGAAAAGGUGACCAAUCCAAAAGGAGAGGAGAAGCCCUCCAUGUACUGAAGCUGGAGGGAAGGGGAGCUGGUGAUGGGGAGGUAGCGCCGGGACGGACUCUUCAAUCCUCUGCUCAAACAGCUGUAUCGUUCAUCUGGUGUAUUCAGUAUCAAUCAACCCCCCCCUGUUCAGUCAUGUACAUGUAAACCAGUUUAAAAAAAAAAAAAAAUUUUUUUUAAAUUUUGAAACAAGUUUCAUUUCUCAAUUCUACUUCUACAAAACGACAGGGGACUGGAUCAAGGUUUUAUCAAUGCUGUAUGGAUAACCCUUUAGUUUUGUACAAACCGUUGCACUAAAUUUAAGUUGUUGUACGACAGUUUAAAAAAAAAAAGAAUAAAGAUUGUGUGAGAUUCAGAGAUUUA